AUGGCGGACAGACGUGUGUUGAACAGUUCCACACUUGAACAAAAUCUACACGAAAAUACAACUGAUAAUGAUAAUGAUAAUCACACAAGUGAAGUGAAUAGCCAAGCGAACAACCUCACAGUUAACGAGAAAGGGAAAUUCAAAUGGCACGGCAGCUUCGAAAGCCUAAAAACGUUGAUGAACGAAAUUACAGAGAAGGAGACAAAAUGGUCGUCGAGCGGUUACUGUAAAAUGCUGGACUUGGACGAGGUCGUGGUUAGAUGGUAUUCAAAUAAUAAUUCACUUACUAUAAACGGAAACAUGAGCGAAGAUAUGAAAUCUCAACUUCGAAUUCUUGCCACCCUAACUAAAGCUGAUUCUCAAACGACAAACAACAUCGAUACCGACACAAACGAAAACGGCCAAGACGAUUCGGUCGUUUGCAUCACUAAUUGCGAUGAGAGCUUAACAAAUACAAACGGAAACGACAAGUUCGAAGUUUUGCUUGACACUGUGCAAAAACUUGAGAAGAGAUUGGGACAAAAGAUCAACAACCUCGAGAGCGAAAUACAUGAGACAAAAAUAGAGUUAUAUAAUGAGAAAAUGAUAAGAGGAGAGAACGAAGCCAUGAAUAAAUCAUCUGUCAACGACCAGUCAUCGGCUGUUAAUAAACUUCUCACGAAAGACAAUGCCAGAUUAAAAAAAGAAAACGAUUCACUUAAAGAGCAAAUCAACAGCUAUAAAUGCGUUAUGUCCGACCUGAAUUUAAAAGUUAAGGACUUGGAGAACGAAAAGAAUAGUUUAGUUACGGUCAUUAAAAUUAUUCAAAACGAUCAAGAACAACAACAGGCAUCAUGGAAUGUUGUCAACAACCGCAAAAAGACCACGGAGGGACGAAAUACGUCAGCCCAUAAUCCUGUUGGUACAAAAUAUGUCAAAGCAAAAGAAUCCGUGCAACAAAAGAAUCAGUAUACUGCUUUAAGUAUAUUGGACGUAGACGAUAGUGAAUCAGACAGCAAUAAUGUAUCUGAUAACCGUAGCGACGACAUUACCGCGACACAAGUCCCAAAACAAGACCAACGACACGAAAGAAACCGACACUCUAAAAAAGAUUCACAGAAAGUCAAAGAAGCAAAUAUACCUAAGAACACGAAGCACAACCGCCCUACUGUUGCCAUUCUGGGUGACUCCAUGUUAAAACACUUGAAUCCAAGGAAAAUUCAACACGGAUUGGACCAUAAAGUCACGAUUAAAACUUUUCCUGGGGCCGGUGUAGACGAGAUGAUACAUUACGUUAGACCAACACUUCAGAAAAAACCAAACCAUGUUGUCUUACACGUAGGUACGAACGACCUUCAAACCAAAUCACCAGUUACAUUAAUAACGGCGAUAAGCAGACUCGGAGAAACAAUUACUCAAGAAGGAAAUGGAACUGAACUUACACUCUCGGAAGUUAUAACUAGAAAUGAUAAUGCGAAUCUUGCCGACAAGGUAAAUGUUUUUAAUAAGAAACUAGAUGAACUAUGUACUGAGCAUAACUGGGGUCAUAUUAAACAUGAUAAUAUAACUAAAAUUCAUCUCAAUUAUUAUGGACUACAUCUAAACCAAAGAGGGACAUCUACCCUUGCAGGAAACGUAAAACAAUUUUUAAAAAACCAAGUGUUUGAUUGA